AUGACUCUUAAAUACGAUCCCGAGUUUGCUGAAAUAUUGCAGAGCUUCAGCGAGAGAGUUCCUGAGGUGCCUUCUGCUGAUACCACAGGUUUCGAAGCCAAACGGAGGUUCUAUGCAGACCUCGUAUUUGAACUUGAAAGUCGAAGACACAUGCCACCAGACGUCGAGAUUUCUCGGUUCGAAGCUGUAGCAGUAGAUGGCUUCAGAGUCCCGGUGUAUCGAUUCUUUCAACCAGCGAAACAUAAUGCUGGAAGGAACGAUAGUACCACUGCUCUCGCUUCCGCAAUUUUAUACUGUCACGGAGGCGGCAUGGUACUGGGAAGCGCUCUGUCCGAACAAAAGUCGCUUGCGACCAAGGCAUUCAGUACUGGAGUCCAGAUCUUUUCCGUAGAUUAUCGACUCGCGCCAGAACACCCACAUCCUACUUUAGUAGAAGAUUGCUAUGCGGCACUCUGCUGGCUGCAAGCAAAUGCCCGCGAGCAGUUUGGAAUUGACCCUGCUCGCAUUGCGGUCAUGGGUGACAGUGCUGGUGGCGGCAUCGCAGCAGGGGUGGCCUUGCUCGCUCGAGACCGCAAGCUAUGUCCGCCGCUGGCAAAGCAGAUUCUUAUAUAUCCCAUGCUCGAUGAUCGAAACACAAUUCCUAACCCGAUUUUGGAUCCCUUUGCUUUCUACAAGACGGCCGACAAUAAGAUCAAUUGGACAGCUCUACUAGGCGCUCAAACUGGCACAGAGGGGGUAUCUCCAUAUGCGGCGCCAGCCAGAGUGGAGUCGGUUGAAGGCCUGCCACCUACAUAUAUAGAUCUUGGUGACUUGGACAUAUUUCGCGACGAAGAUGUGAAAUACGCAUCGAAGCUGAUUCUCGCGAAUAUUCAAACUGAGCUCCACCUCUACCCUGGAGUACCACAUGGAUUUGAAAAUGUCGCGCCAGAAAUUACGAUCACGAAACAGGCAGUUGAAAAUAGAAAGAGGGCAAUGCAGUCAUUUUAA